AUGUAUUUAACUCUUUAUGUUCAAUUGAUAAUGAAAGAAAAUUUUAUCGAACAACCAAUAGUAAAAAUGAAUAACCGAUCAGAAAUAUUAACAGAUAAUGAAAAUAAAUCUCCAAUGAUUGCUCAAUUAGAUAGUUUACAAAGAUUAAAAGAAGUUGGUUGGUAUUGGGGUCCAUUAAGUUGGAUUGAUGCUGAACGAUUACUUAAAGACAAACAAGAUUAUUCAUUUAUUGUUCGAGAUAGUAAUCAUCGUCAUUAUUUUCUUGCAGUUACAUUUAAAUCACAAGGCAAUAUUCAUCAUACUCGAAUUGAACAUAGUAACAAUUCAUUUGGUUUUUAUCAUAGUAGUACUAAAUCACAGUGUACAUCAUCAGAUAUAGUAGAAUUUAUUGAAAAUAUAAUUCAACAUUCAAAAUCUGGUCAAUUUAUGUUUUUUAUUCGAUCUAAUAUACCUGGUCAACCAAUGACACCAGUUCGUCUAUUAUACCCAGUGUCCCGUCAUGCUUAUAUGACAUCAUUAAAACAUAUAACCCGGUUUGUUAUUCAUCGGCAAAUACGUCGUGAUCGUAUUGAUGAUCUUGAUCUACCAUUACGAUUACAAACAUUUCUUAAAGAACCACAAAUAUAUACUGAAAAUAUUCCAUCAUCAAAUACAUAA